AUGGGAAACUUGCCAUCAGUUAGAACUAAUGCCACAUUUCCGUUUCAUGCAAGCGGUACUGAUUUUGCUGGACCAUUCAUGAUAUCGAGUAAAAAGGGUCGUGGGAAUAGAAUUACAAAAUGUUAUCUUUGCCUAUUUGUCUGCCUUAGUACUAGAGCAGUUCAUUUAGAGGUGGUAGGCGAUCUAAGUUCUCAAGCAUUUAUCCUAUGUUUACGUAGAUUCGUUGCGCGUAGAGGUAAACCUCAAACAAUUUAUUGCGACAAUGGCACCAACUUCGUGGGGGCAAACAAUGAACUAGGUAAGAUUAUACGCUCCAGUCGUGAUUCGGUAAUAGAUUUUGCUAACUCUGAAGGAAUUUCUUUUAAAUUUAGUCCAGCCUAUUCCCCACACUUUGGAGGCGUCUGGGAGGCGGGCGUAAAGGCAGCUAAAUAUCAUUUAAAGAAAGUUGCAGGUAAUAUUUCCCUAACCUUUGAAGAAUUGUCCACUCUAUUCACCCAAAUAGAAGCUAUUCUUAAUUCUCGACCUCUUUCUCCUUUAUCUUCCGACCCGUUGGACCUAAAUCCUUUAACCCCGGGGCACUUUCUUAUCGGUCGACCACUGGCGUCCCUGCCUCAUGCUGCUGCAGAAGAAGCUAAUUCCAAUUUCUACAUGAUAGAGAAACUGCGAUUGCAUUUUUGGGAACGCUGGAGCAAAGAAUUUGUUGCUGAGUUGCAGCAGAGAACAAGGUGGAAAUCAGGAACCGGAGAUCCUAAAGUAGGAGAUAUGGUGCUGUUAAGAAAUGAAAACAUACCACCCCAGAGCUGGCGGCUGGGUCGUGUAACGAAGCUGCAUCAUGGUGCAGAUAACAUUUGUCGAGUGGUGGAUAUCUACACUGCGAGAGGAACGAUACGGCGAGCCGUUCGUUACAUUGUAAAAUUACCUGUGGAAGAUACUGAAGAAAUUGAAAGUUAA